AUGAAUGGAGUGACUCAGGGUGUCAAUGCGGCUGGACUGUUCUCCACCGGGUCUGGGAGGUCACUGGCUGUCAGCCAGAGAGCCGUAAGGAGGGCCAGGGAGUUGGUUGGGGAGGAGGUGGACGAGGCUACUAAUAACAAUUACAAGAAGAGAAAGCAACCAUUUGGAGGUGAUGCUGGUCUGGAGGGUGAACGGGCAAACUUACAUGUUCCAUUUGGAGGUGGUGCGCAUAAAGAUAACUUCUUCCCAAUGUUCCAAACUGGAUCUGGUAAAACAGUCUUGCUCAGCAAGGACUCAAUUCAGAAGGCAAGAGCUGUUCUAGAAGAAAAUGUUGAGAAUGUAGCUGGUGCCAAGCAACCAAUGUUCCAUACUGGUAUGGGUAGAUCGGUCCUAGUCAGCAAGAGCUCAAUCGAGAAGGCGAGAGCUGUUUUAGGGGGUCAAAUGAUCACAAAUGAAGGAAGUGUGGAAGGUCCAGGUAGACCCAAUCAGUCUCUGAUAUUUCAAACUGGCUUUGGAAGACCAGUUUUGAUCAGCAAAAGAUCCGUCGAGAGAUCUAGGGCUCUGCUGAUGGAUGAAGAUGCUGAAAAUAUUGGACAACGGGAUACUGGCUGCCAGCUCCCAAUUUUCCAAACAGGACUUGGAAGGCCUGUUGCUGUGGAACAGAGUUCAAUUGAAAAGGCAAGCGCAGUUUUGGAGAAUGGAGAUAUUAAAAGAAGUGGAAAUGGAGAUACCAAUGUUUGUGCCACACCUUUCCAAUUUGAAACCCCAAAAUCCGUUUUGAUGAGUAGCAGUUUGAUUAUGAAUGACAUGACUUUUACACCAGAGGAAAAUACUUCAGUGCGAGCAGAAAAAUGUUUCAAUGAUGGUGGCCAAUUGCCGUUGUUUCAGACUGGGUCAGGGAGGCCAGUCACAGUAAGUAAGGGUUCCAUUAAAAGGGCAAGUGCUUUUCUGGAGCCAAGGAACAUCGCAAAGGAAUUGGAAGAUGAAGCUUAUCUCAAUGAUGGUCAUGCCACCUCAAUAUUUAAAACUGGAACUGGAAAGUCUAUCUUAGCAACUGAGAACUCAAGGGAAAGGGCACAAUUUGUCUUAGAGGCUAAAGAGGCUGUAAAACAAGGAUAUGAAGACUGUGGAAGUCCAUUGCCAAUGUUUGAAACUGGAUCUGGAAAAUCUGUAUUGGUCAGUGAAAGUUCGGUGCAAAAGGCAAGAGCCAUUCUCAAGGAAGAAGAGCACUUCAAAUUGGUUAAGACGGACAAAAAAAUUGCAGCCUUUGCUUCACCUCUCAAGACAAGCCGUGCAAGAAUAGUAAACAUAUCUUCAACUGGUGUUUCUCGAGCUGCUACCUUAUUGGGCUUGGAGGAGAAUACCCUUUCAACACAAUUUUUUGGACAUGUGAGUGAUAAGUUAGGUACGAAGAUAACUGUUAAGCGGGGAAAUCCAGAACACAGGCUUGAUGUUGCAUCUACAAGUGCAAUUUCUAGUGGCACUCAUAAGGGUACUUAUCCAACAGAAAACCCCACACAUAUGGAUAAACAUCAGCAGUUUGGAUUUUCUAAAAGUACUACCUCUGAUGCUGGUGAGCAUUCCAUCAGGUUCAGCACUGCAGGUGGCCGAUCAAUGGCUAUCUCUGCUGAUGCACUACAACGUGCGAAAAGCCUUUUGGGUGAUUCAGACUUAGUGGUUUCUCCAAAUGAUUCAAUAGGUCACUCUUUGGCAUCAGCUACAGAUAAGCUACCAAAAUCAACUAUUUCUCCGAAAGGAGAUGUAUCUAACCUAUUGCAUGGAACUAUAGCAAUAGGAUAUGCUGUACCUGACGCCCCUUUGACUAAAAAAAGUGCUAAUCAGUUUCAUAUGGGAAGGGAAUAUCGUCCAAUCAAUGAAAUUCCAAAGGUCCCCAAGCCUCCCUCCAGAUGUUUAUCUGAAGGCAACAAUGUGAGUAAUGCUAAAGACAAGACCCAGUGGCAUCAUAUGCCAACUGGACCAUUGGUUGGCAUCACUAACUACAUGGCUACAUGUUCUGGAAAUGCGGACCGCUUAGCAAAUGGAACGAGAAUAAUCGGGGGAAGAAACUCCAUAUCUCCAUUCAAACAGCCCCGUUCUUCCAGAUGGGUCAGUAACCACUAUAAAUGGAUCGUGUGGAAGUUUGCUUCACUCGAGAGAUGCUACCCAACUAGAGCUGCUGGUAAAUUCUUGACAGUUGACAAUGUUCUUGAGGAGCUUAAGUACCGCUAUGACAGAGAAGUGAAUCAUGGUCAUCGGUCAGCAAUAAAGAAAAUUUUAGAAGGGAAUGCUUCACCAUCUUUGAUGAUGGUCUUGUGCAUUUCAGCUAUUUACUCUUGUCCUGACCAAAAUAACAAUAAGUUGGAGGUUAACAAGGUAGAUACUAAUGAAGACAACAACGACAACCAAAGCUUGUCAGCCACUAAUAGAAACAUGUCUGCAAAUAUUGAAUUAACUGAUGGAUGGUAUUCACUUGAUGCAUCAUUGGAUAUGGCACUUUUGGAACAACUAGAGAAAAGAAAGCUUUUCGUAGGGCAGAAGCUUCGGGCGCCUGGUACUGUCAAAUUAGCUGUUCACAUAAAUGGCACCUAUCGUGCUAGAUGGAAUGACGCCUUAGGAUUCUGCAAGCAUGUUGGACUCCCACUGGCAUUCAGGUGCAUAAAAGCUUCUGGUGGUAGAGUUCCUAGGACACUGGUUGGAAUCACAAGGAUAUAUCCUGUUCUCUACCGGGAAAGGUUGCCUGAUGGUCGUUCUGUCAUGAGAUCUGAAAGGAUGGAAAGAAAGGCGCUGGAACUAUACCACCAGAGAGUAUCUAAGAUCACAGAAGAUAUUCUGUUUGAACAACAAGAAAACUGUGACAGUACUGAUGAUAAUGAGGAAGGGGCUAAAAUUCUCAAAAUGCUAGAGCAUGCUGCUGAGCCUGAAUUUAUACUUGCGGACAUGACUCCGGAGCAGUUGAAGCUUUUCUCAUCUUACAUAGAAAAGCGAAAUAUUGUUAAGCAAAACGAAGUAUCUAAGAAUGUUGAGAAGGCCCUUGAAGUUGCUGGCCUUAGUUCAAGGGAUGUUACACCAUUUGUGAAAGUGAGAGUGAUUGGCCUUGCCAAUAAACAUUCAGCUUCCACAACCAGUAACAAGGAAGGGCUAAUAACAAUAUGGAAUCCUACUGAGAUGCAGAAACAUAAUCUUGUGGAGGGACAAGCUUAUUCUGUUACGGGAUUGGUGCCUUCGAACUAUUGCACUGAAAUCCUGUACUUGCAUGCUAGAGGAUCAUCUACAACGUGGAAGCCUUUAGCAUCAGCUCAGACUACAGAUUUUAAACCAUUCUUUACCCCUCGUAAAGCAAUUGAACUCUUGAGAUUUGGUGAGGUGCCGAUUUCAAGUGAAUUUGAUAUUGCAGGUCUUAUUUUAUAUGUUGGCAAUACUUAUUUAUGUAGCAACAAGAAAAAGCAGUGGCUCUUUUUAACAGAUGGAUCUAAAUUUAUCUCUGGACAAGGGUGUGAAGAGCAAGAUUGUCUUCUAGCUGUUAGCAUUUCGUCCGCAACCACUGACGAAGACUCUGCAUUAUUUAGUUAUACUCUCUCUGGGAACACAGUUGGUUUUAGUAAUCUGGUCAAACGACAGAAAGAUGAGACGAGGCAAAUAUGGGUAGCUGAGGCAACAGAGAGCUCAAGCUACACUCUUUCCAAUGAGAUUCCUAGAAAAUCUCACCUAAAAGAAGCUGCAGCUUCGGCUGAGAGAUGGGCUUCAAGAUCUUAUCAGAGAAUAAACAACUAUGAUGCAUACUUCACAGGAUGCAAAGGACAAGGAGAUAAAUAUUCUUCAGAAGGGCUUGCUAUUUUGGGAUGGACAGACCAGAGUUCAACUCUAUUCACAUGGCUUACAUGA